GACAGUACUGUCACAAAAAUAUAUAAAAGAACGUGAUAUUUUAUAUUAUUUUAAUUGUAUAUUAUAAUCCUUUAAUUAACAAAUUAAACAUGUCGGAUAACAAGGAAGUUGACAAAUCUAAUGUCGACCCGGAAUUGGACGAUUUACUUGAAAGUGCUCUCCAAGACAUGACGAAGAAGCAGGCGGGCGCUGCGGCGGAGGGCUCCGGCGAGGUGCCCUCCAACAUGUGGAGCGAGGAGUUCAUCAAAGAGGCUGCGGCACAGUUCGAGAGCAACAUGUCGGCCAUAUUCAGCAGAUUCAGUGGCGUGCCUGGUGCUCUCCAAGACAUGACGAAGAAGCAGGCGGGCGCUGCGGCGGAGGGCUCCGGCGAGGUGCCCUCCAACAUGUGGAGCGAGGAGUUCAUCAAAGAGGCUGCGGCACAGUUCGAGAGCAACAUGUCGGCUAUAUUCAGCAGAUUCAGUGGCGUGCCUGAGGUCCAAAUAACACAGGAGCAGAUUGCACAGACGUUCACAAAAAUGGCAGAGGCAGCAGCUCAUGUGCUAAAACCUGAAGGUGCUCCUGAGGAGGCUGGAGUACCUUCCGUAGCGGCAGUAGACCCUGAGGUCCAAGGGAAUAUAGAUGAGGUAUCAACAGCGAUAUCAAAGACUAUGAAGAACUUGAACACUAACUCCGAAACACUGAAUACUCCUUUCAACGACCAGGAUCUAGCCAGUAUGUUUAACAACAUCACUCUCGGUGAAGGCCAGCAAGAAGGCAACAUGUUCGUGCCGUUCAUGCAGGGCAUGAUGCAGUCCCUCUUCUCCAAGGAGGUGCUGUAUCCCUCCCUGAAGGACCUGGUGGACAAGUACCCCGCGUGGCUCGCUGACAACAAGGGCAAGAUCGACCAGAGUGAAUAUGAGAGGUUUGAGAAGCAGCAGAAGCUAAUGGAACAGGUGUGUGCUGAGCUGGAACCGGAGCAGGAGUCAGACCCUGACGACGUCAAGAGGAAGAGGUUCAAAGUCGUACUCGAUCUGAUGCAGAAAAUGAAAGACUUAGGCCAGCCCCCCACUGAGCUAGUAGGAGACAUGGACCCCCCGCAGGGGUUCGCUUCCCCGACCGUGCCAGACGCGGCGCAAUGCAACAUCAUGUAGUAAACCACACAUUGGUAACAUCACAUUGAACCAAUCAAUUAUAUUACAAUUAUAAAAUGACAUAUUUUUUGAACAUGUAUCGAAAUUUCGAUACCGAGUAUGGUGCGACUCGAAUUUCCAAUUCUUGAAUGGAAACUACUACUUAAUUAUACUAAAUGGCUUGUAAAGUAAACAAUUAUGUUUUUUUAAGAUGUAUCGGAAUUUCUUCCGCAAUUAGAAUUGUGUCCAGUAUAUGGCAAUAGGCUCAGCCCCUAUUACAUGGGACUUAUAACACAAAUGGUGAAAAGUGGUUGUACAUUGUAUAGCGGCAUUACGUGCCGUAAUGUGCACUUCAGCCUACCCCUUCGUGGAUAAAAGGCGUGACGAUACGACGUUCGGAAUUUCUACAUCUAACAAACUUAUUAAGUAUCGAAUUUCCGAUACAUUCAUUCUUAUGCAUUUUGUAUCGCAUAUUCUAUGUUCAUUUUAUCGAUAAAAAUACAGAAGAGAGCUUGAAAUAUUACCCGAAAAUAUAGAUCUUUUUAUAAUAACGUAUCGUGAGACAUACUGAAUUAACUAAAAAUCACGGUUUACUCACAUACAUUAAUGCUAGAAAAGCUCUACUAGUUUCGAGUAGGCUACGCGACGUCGCCGCAUCUGCGCACGCUGCAAAGUCAAAAUCAAAAUUAUUUAUUUCAAAUAGACCAAGAAGGCACUUUUGAACGUCAAAGCUCAUAUGCUGUGCCGAGCUGUGACUGGAAACUAGUAGAGCUUUUCUCUAUUAAUGUAUGUAAAGUAAACCUUGAUUUUUAGUUAAUUCCAGUAGGUAAUACAACUCACCCCCUAUUACAUGGGACUUAUAACACAAAUGAUGAAAUAUAUAUAUACAAAAAAAGAUAAUGUUAUGUUUUUUUGUAAGACUUGAUUUGUUCAAUGUAAUGUUAAUGCCUUAUUUUAGUUCGUAGAAAAUCCGUAUACAAUUUUAGGGAACAGAGAGUAAAGUUCCCUAAGAAAAGGAGGAUCCUCCGACCAGGCGAGGUGAUCAGCCUGGCGGGCUUUCUGCCCGACUGUUGUUCGUUGGGAUUUUCUAUCCGUGUUAAUUCGCAUGUAAACUUCGUAUGUGCGAUGCAGGAUAUUUGUGACGUCAUCCGUUGAUUUGCUCGUCUAUAGUCUAUGUGCGACUUCUGUCAUCUGUCAUUUGUCACUUGUCACUUGUCAGAGUGUCGCCACACAA